AAGUCCGGGUCCACUCGGCGACUCGCUGUGAUCCAGCGCAGACCGACUCCGGAUCCAUGCCGGAGCGGCUCCGGGUCUUUCCCGAACCCAGCGGGACCCGCUGCUACUGAGUCCGGGCGGGGACAGGGACAGGGACAGGGGCCGGGACAGGGCGGGCGGGCAGUGACUGAGCGGACACGAUCCCAGUGGACAGGUGCAGCGUGAGGGAGCGCACAGCCGAGGGAUCGCCGCUACCAUGAACCUCUUCAUCCUGCUCGUUUGCGUGAUGGGGGGCACCGUUGCCCAGGCUCCGGACGCUGCCCACGGCUGUGCCCAAGGCAGCUGCUACCCAGCAACGGGGGACCUACUGGUGGGCCGGCAGCGCAAACUGACCGCAUCGUCCACCUGCGGGCUACGUGGCAGACAGCCCUACUGUAUCGUCAGCCACCUGCAGGAUGAGAAGAAGUGCUUCCUGUGCGACUCGCGCAGGUCGUACGACCGGCUACGGAACCCCAACAGUCACCGCGUGCAGAACGUGAUCACCGCAUUCACACAUUACCGCAAGGAGGCGUGGUGGCAGUCCGAGAACGGUGUCUCUGACGUCCAUCUCCAGCUGGACCUGGAGGCAGAGUUCCACUUCACCCACCUCAUCAUGACAUUCAAGACGUUCCGGCCAGCGUCCAUGCUGAUUGAGCGGUCAGCAGACUUUGGCCGCUCCUGGCAGGUUUACCGCUACUUCAGCCACGACUGCGCGACGGACUCUCCCGGCGUCCGGCUUGGCCCACAGCUGGAGGUCGACGAGGUCAUCUGCGAGUCCCGCUACUCAGAUAUCGAGCCCUCCACCGAGGGGGAGGUGAUCUUCAGAGUGCUGAACCCAGCCAUCGCCAUCGAGGAUCCCUACAGCCCCCGCAUCCAGAAUCUGUUGAAGAUCACCAACCUGAGGGUGAACUUCACCAAGCUGCGGACGCUGGGUGACAACCUGCUGGAUACGCGGCACGAGAUCAAGGAGAAGUACUACUACGCCUUGUACGAGCUGGUGGUGCGCGGCAACUGCUUCUGCUACGGCCACGCCAGCGAGUGCGCGCCCAUUGCCGGCGUCCCCGGCAACAUCGAGGGCAUGGUACACGGGAGGUGCGUGUGUAACCACAACACACAUGGGCUGAACUGCGAGAAAUGUGCAGACUUCUACAACGAUCGUCCCUGGAGGCCGGCUGAGGGCCGCAACACCAACGCAUGCAAACGCUGCGAUUGCAACAACCACUCUGCCCGCUGCCACUUCGACAUGGCGGUGUUCCUGGCAACGGGCAAUGCCAGCGGCGGCGUGUGUGACAACUGUUUCCACAACACCAUGGGCAAGAACUGCGAGAUGUGCAAACCAUUCUACUACCACCACCCGUCCCGGGACAUGCGUGACCCACGCGUGUGCGUGCCCUGUGACUGUGACCCGGACGGAUCGCUGGACGGAGGGAUGUGUGACAGACGUGAGGAGUCCUCGCUGGGCGCGCUGGCCGGGCAGUGCCGGUGCAAGGAGCACGUGCAGGGAGCACGUUGUGACCAGUGCAAGGCCGGCUACUACGGACUCAGUGCAGCCAACCCACAGGGCUGUCAGCCUUGCUGGUGCAACCCCCGUGGGACGGUGCUUCGCCCUGUGACCUGUGACCCCGUCACUGGCGACUGCUUCUGCAAGAGGCUGGUGACCGGGCGGCGCUGUGACCAGUGUGUGGGGGAACACUGGGGGCUGAGCCACGAUGCCAGUGGCUGCCGGUCCUGUGACUGCGACCUGGGUGGAGCGCACGACAACCAGUGCUCGAUGGAGACGGGUCAAUGCCGGUGCCGGGACCAUCUGACGGGCCGGCGGUGUGACGGUGUGCAGUCCGGUCACUACCUGCCUGCGCUUGACCACCUCACGUACGAGGGGGAGCUGGCCCAACACGGCACCGGGGUGACGGUGGUUUCGCGGCAGCGCCUGGGGCCGGAGCCAGUGACCUGGACGGGUGCCGGCUUUGCCCAGGUGCUGGUGGGCGGAGUGCUGGAGUUCCGGGUGGACGACGUUCCCAACUCCAUGGAGUACGACGUGGUGAUCCGCUACGAGCCACAGCUGCGAGGGCAGUGGGAGAGGCUGGUGGUCUCAGUGAAGAGGCCGGGACCCAUCCCCACCAGCAGCCCGUGCGGUAACACCAUCCCUGCCGACGACAUCCUUACCGCCAGCCUGCUGCAAACACCCUGGUAUGUGGUGCUCCCACAGCCCGUGUGCCUGGAGCGGGGGGUAAUCUACACCCUGCGGCUCCACUUCCAGCACUACUCCGCCAGGGAGCGGGUCCCCAACGCCAGCAUCCUGCUCGACUCGAUUGUCCUGGUCCCUCGAUACUCCUCGCUGGAGAUGUUCAUCGCUGGGGACGCUACCUCCAUCGCCAGGAAGGAGACCUUCGAGCGCUACCAUUGCCACGGCAACAGCAUCAUCCUGGGCUCCCCGGCCGUGCCCCAGCUCUGCCAGCCGCUCAUCGACAGCAUGGUCGCUCUGGUCUACCACGGCGCACAGCUGUGCCGCUGUGACCUCCAGGGCUCGAUGAGCUUGGAGUGCCGUCCGCGGGGCGGGCAAUGCCAGUGCAAGGCCAACGUGAUGGGUCAACGGUGCCACAGCUGCAGCCCCGGCACCUUCGGCUUUGGACCCGCCGGCUGCAGGGCGUGCCGCUGUGAUCCGGAGGGGUCAGUGGGGCCACAGUGUGACCCAGUCGGCGGUCAGUGCCAGUGCCGGUCAGGGGCGUUCGGCUCCCAGUGCGGUCAGUGCCAGCGGGGGCACUGGGGGUUCCCCACCUGUCGACUCUGCCAGUGCCACGGGCACGCCGAGGAGUGUGAGUCCCACACUGGAGCCUGCCAGGGCUGCCGGCACCACACCAGCGGCACACACUGCCAGCAGUGUGCCCCCGGUUACCAUGGGAACCCGGAGCUGGGUGCAGGGGGGCAGUGCCGUCCAUGCCCGUGUCCGGGUGGUCCGGGCAGUGACCGCAACUUUGCCACCUCCUGUCGGCUGGACGGGCACAGCGGGCAGCUGGUGUGUGAGUGCCAGGCCGGACACACAGGCCCCCGAUGCCAGGAGUGUGCGCCCGGUUACUAUGGAAACCCCUUGUUGCCAGGGGGCCGGUGUGCUCCGUGCCAGUGCCAUGGCAACGUUGCCGCGGGCGAUCCUCGGGCCUGUGACCGGGAGACGGGCCGGUGUCUGAGGUGCCUGUACCACACGGAGGGGGCGAAGUGCCAACUCUGCCGGCGGGGUUACCACGGCGAUGCCCGGCGACGCUCCUGCCGCAAGUGUACCUGCAAUGUGCUGGGCACUGCCAGCGGCCAUUGUCCGCCACAGGAGGGGUGUGAGUGUGACCGGACCACCGGGCAGUGUCCGUGCCUGCCCAACGUCACUGGCCAGAACUGUGACCGCUGCACCCCUGACCACUGGAACCUGGCCGGUGGGUCCGGCUGCCAGCUCUGCCGCUGCGCCGCCACCAAUGUAUUCUCCGCAACCUGCAACGAGGUGAGCGGGCAGUGCCAGUGUCGUCCUGGCUUUGGGGGCCGGACCUGCACCGACUGCCAGGAGAAUCACUGGGGUGACCCCAACGUGCAGUGUCGAGUGUGUGACUGUGAUGAACAGGGGGUGCAGAGUGGUCAGUGUGACCGUGCGACUGGUCACUGUGCCUGUCGUCCAGGCGUGUCGGGUGUGCGCUGCGACGCGUGUGCCCGCGGCUUCUCGGGGGAGUUUCCCGUGUGCCAGGUGUGCCACGCGUGCUUUGGGGACUGGGACCGGCUGGUGCAGGACCUGGCGGCGCAGACCCGUGACCUGGCGCGGCGGGCCGCCGACAUCCGGCUAUCUGGCAUCAGCGCUCUCUACGACAAGAACUUCCGGGAGCUGGAGGAGAAGCUGCGGCGGGCGCAACAAAUAGUCAGCGCCCGCAACACCACCGCAGCCGCCAUCGCAGGGCUGAUGCAGCUGAUCAACGAGCUGCGGGAGAGGGUGAGUGGGACGACGGACACGCUGGACGGGCUGGAGGGGACGCUGACGGCAGUGCAGCAGCAGAACGGGGGGGCCAGCGUGGAGCUGGGGCACCUGGAGCGAGACGUCCUCGCCCUCAACAUGUCCGCCCGCUACCUGGGCCGCCAGCUCGACAAACUCAGGCACGCCAACUUCCUGGGUGCCUAUGACAGCAUCACCCACUCGUACCGGCGGUCCUGGCAGGCGGAGUGGGCGGUGAAUGCCUCCACUCUGGCCGUGCCCAGCACGAUCAGUGAAUCGUUGGGCACCCGCGGCCGUGUCGAGCUACUGCUCCUGACGAGGAAGGACGACUUCCACCGCAAGAACGCCGCCAACCGGCGCGCGCUCAACGACCUCAGCGCCAAGGUGCAGACACUCAGCCUGGAGAAUGUCAACGAGAAGGUGUGCGGUUUCCCCGGUAACCUGCCGUGUGCGGACAGUCCCUGCGGUGGGGCCGGCUGCUACGAGGACGACGGCACUCGGCGCUGCGGCGGCCUGAACUGCAACGGCGCAGUGGCGGUGGCAGAUACGGCGCUGGGCCGCGCACGUCAGUCCAAGCAAGAGAUCCGGCAGGCCAUGAACGAGGUGGAGGAGCUCUUCAACAAGGUGGCCGAGGCCAAGGUGAGGGCGAAUGAGGCAAAGCGGAAAGCCCAGGGAACGCUGGACAAAGCCAAUGAUGCCAAGGACAGGAUCAGUCACUCCAACAAAGAGCUGCGUGAUCUCAUUCGGCAAAUCCGAGACUUCCUCACACAGGAGGGUGCAGAUCCCGACAGCAUUGAGGAGGUGGCCACCCAGGUCAUGAACAUCCACAUCCCCGCUAACCCACAGCAGAUCCGUUACCUUGCCGAAGAGAUCAAGGACAGGGUGAGCAGCUUGUCCAACGUGGAUGACAUCCUGGACCAGACCGCGGACGACGUGAGAAAAGCAGGAGAACUCCUUCAGGACGCCAGGAGGGCUCGGGGCCGUGCGGAGAACGUGAAGCAGACGGCGGAGGCGGUGAAGCAGGCCCUGGAGGAAGCAGGCCGGGCCCAGGCUGCUGCCGGCACCGCCAUCCAGCAGGCCCGGGGAGACAUCGAGGACAGCGAACGGGUGCUCAACGAGAUCCGUGGUGAGACUGCGAGUGCGGAGCGGGAGCUGAUGAAGGCAAUGGACCAGCUGACCCAGCUGGACGGCAGGAUCGACGCGCUCAGGAUGAAGCGAGCCAACAACUCUUUGGUGGCCACGCGGGCACGGGACACGGCCGGCCAGGCCCGGGACAAAGCCAACGAGGCCAAGCAGAUGUUGGACGGGCUGCUGAAGGACAAGUACAAAAUGGCGCAGGGACUGAUAGACCGCAAGAGCGGCACCGUGUUCAACGCCAAACACAAGGCUGAGAGCCUUCGCAACGAGGCCAAGGAGCUGCUGACAGACGCACAGGUCAAACUCGAGAGGCUGAACGAUCUCGAGGGUGCUUACAAAAUCAAUGAGCAGGUUUUGGAAAGAAAGGCACGGCAGCUGGACGGACUGGAGGAGAAGAUGAAAGAGAUAUUGAAAGCCAUUAAUCAACAGAUCCAGAUCUACAACACCUGCCAAUAACCUGAACCCUGUGUGUGUGUAACCCAGCCUUUAGUGGAGCUGACAGAAUCCCACAGUUUUGAUGCAAUGUUUAUUAAGCAACGUAUACCACACCCUGGCUUUUCCUACCCACACCAAACCCUCGUCACCCCGAUACCUCUGGAAUCCCAACUGGCCUGUGGCCUCCAAAGCUCCCAACCAAAGACAUGGCAGAAUGAUGAGCUGCUUAUACAAGGAACUGCGAGUGCUGGAAUCAAUUCCCUACUCCUUUGUUACACCAUUCAUCAGCUGAGGAAUAUCAGGAUUAUUGGAUUUGAAUUAAAGAUGCCUUUGUUGAUCCAUUCACCCGUUGCGUGUAACACUACGUGCCAGUGAGCUGGAUGGCCACAUGACAAGUGGGUACUGUGUUGUUUUAGCAUGGAGCUGAGCAGGUCAUGUUCAAAGCACAAAGUACUGGAGAAACUCAGCAGGUCCAACAGCAUCUGUGGAAGGAAUGGACAGGUGACGUUUCAGGUCGGGACCCUUCUUCAGACAGUUGUAUGAGUGAAUGAGGAGCUGUGCUUUCAGGGGAGAUUGGAGUGGGUAAGGGGAGUGGUUAAAGAAGGGUCCUGACCCAAAACAUCACCUGUCCAUUCCUUCCACAGAUGCUACCCGACCGGCUGAGUUUCUCCAGUACUUUGUGUUUUGAACAUGGCCUACUCAACUCCAAAGAUCCUCUAGCUCGCUAUAAGAUCUUUGCUCAACUGUGCUGAAACAACAAAGGCUAUCCAUGUGUCCUGUUGAACUCCAAUUCAGUUCUUCAAUGGUUUGACAAAGGUGUAGAGAGGGAAUCAAAUAUCUCAGUUAAAAUAUUAUUUUAACUUUGUGUUUAUUGCUCCCCAUGUACACAAUUGAAACCCAACCUGUGACCACUGCCACUAUUUGUCUGUGUCUCACCCGAACAUCUCGCCUGUCCCUGAACCCUUGUUUAAUCAGCCUGCAGAAUCAAAGUCAUGGAGUUUUCUUUGAUAAAAAUGAUUUGAUAGAUGAAUGAUUUGAUAGAUUUGCAGGGGUGUUGGUUAAUUUUGGUCGGCCAUUUGAGAAAGCCCGGAAAUACCAGGCCCUGUCGUGACUCGUUUCCAACCUGCUCUCAUCUUUUUAUACUUUUUUAAGAAGGUAAAUAUUCAAGGAGCAUCCAGUUUUCAUUUGGCUAGUUGCUGAGUGCAGCAGCGAUCUCCUCGUCAGUGUUGAAUGCUCCUGUCCUGUACAUACCCCAAGUGCUGAACUGCCGAGGUGUUGUUGACUCAGGCAACGUGGGGAUCUUACCUUUUGCCUUAAACUUAGCCAGCCAAGAACCAAAGACGCUACAAAUGCCAAAGGAACUUAUUAAUCCUCUUCAUACGUAGGCUUUAGAUUGCCAGUAAACUGAUCUCCGCAUGCUGAACAGUAACUAGUUAUCAGGAUAUGCCAGAACUUUAAUGCUGUUUCUAAUUUAGUUCAGUGUUGGCAUUGAACCACAGAGCACAGGAGUCCAUUCGCCUGUCAUAUCUGUGCUAGCCCUUCACAAAGAGCUUCAAUUAUUCCCCGUAUCUCCGCUGAUGUUUCCCUUUUUGCCAGUGGUUUACCUGCCACUUCCAGUUACACAGUUACCAGAUCAAAACUCACUCCAAAACAACCUUAAAACCCCGCCCACUGCUCUCUGAUAUGCUGGAGUGGAAAGGAAACAGAGAACCGUGGAGUGCAGGAUGUGACCCUGUGGCCAGUGGCCUUCCGGCCACCCAUCAGAGAUCAGAUGUUCGGCAGGUCAGACAACGUCUAUGGGGAGAGGACCGGAGUCAUCGUGACUGGUCGUCCACCUGCAACAUUGUCCCUGGCUCCCUCUGUUGGGUGGCUUCACAUUUCCAGCAUCUGCAAUUUAUUGGUUUUUCUGCCCCAUCAAAACUUUUCACAAGUUUGAAAAUCUCUGCUGAAGGAGAGCAGUCUGGCAGUUCAGCUUUUUUUGACAGCCAGUUCGUGUUCAUACUGUAAAUCUGCAUUGACACUUGCCUUUGUCUUGGGCUGGGUAGUGAUGACCAGCAGUGCAUCACGAGUAGCAAGGAUUUUGGUCUCUGAUGCAUGUUUACAUUUAGCACCUUUCCAUUCAGUUUCUGAACCUUAAUGUAUGAAGCCACAACACCAGCAUAAAUAUCGAAUAAGCUGCUCCCAGAAAUUAUUAGUCAGAACGGCCGCCAGUGUGGAUCGACAUAGGUCCGUGGAAGAGUUUCUGAUUCUCUUUGCGUACUCUUCUGAUACUCUUUUCUUCCUCUUAUGGGAGGCUCCUUGCACCAAAUUCCUUUUAUAUUACAUUCUACGCUCCUUUGAAGCUCUGGAAUAUCUCAGACUUUUAGGGCCAGGAUUUAAGAAGUAAAUAUUUGCAGAUCAGUUUCACUCCUUUCACAGACAGUGUGAGACAUAACUAAUGGAAUAUUUUUCACAGAGUUGAUCUGAGAGAAAUCUCUGCCUGGAAACAGCGUGAUCCCAACAUCACUGUUGCCCAAUAGCUCCGUGUGCCUCUUGGUAAUCCAGAUGUAACUAACCCCGUUUCUAAUUGAUGACUAGAAAAUAAAUGACAAUCAUUGGA